UCAAAAUCUCCAUCACUCGACGGCAAUCGGCUACCUCAAUCGUACUGGAUUAGACCGCGGAAAAAUUCACCAGACUACAGGAAACGUUUUACGUGUCCGAUCGGAGUCUUACGUCGCAUCCCUGGUGAAACUGUCGGGGGAGUUACUUUCAUGAUAUUUCGACCUGUGACGUCACCCAACGGAAUUCUCCUGUCGAAUGAGCAUUGAAUACUGAUGUACUAUUAUCUCAUAGCCGCAUGCUAAUAUCUUUAAUGCUGUGUGUCGAGCAGUUAACGGCUGCAUUCGUCAGCAUCCUUGAAGAGGAAUACAGCCACACGAAUCGCUCAGCGGGAAUUUCUCCAAUUCUACCGCUGUCACGAUGCCUCGAGCGUUCUUGAUCAAAGCGAAGAAAGAGAAAAAGAAGGAGGACGAUGCCCCUUCUUCUCACGUACAAGUAAACAGACAAUUUUCCAACGGAAUUUCUGAUCCCCACAGCAACGAUAGGAUCGUGUGCCCCUCCGAGGAUCAGAUUUCACCGCCUACACACACUAAAGAGUCGCCUGUCCGUCUCCAUGUCAAGCGGAAGCAUUCGCACGUCACAGCCUCCGCGGAGGAACGGGAAAUAAUUUCUGUCCCGCGCCUGACCCAAACAGGAGUUUUGGAGACUAACAGAAAUGUGAUCACAGAAUCUCCACUGGCGGAUAAUGCAAUUGUGCCUAGGAAAACACGGAAAAGAAGCCCAAAGAAAACAGUAGUUUAUUAUUACAAAGCUAAGCAAGAUGCAAGAGACGGAAUAAGCGAAAAGCAUGAAGCAGUUGGCCGCGAUUCGUGUUUGUCGAAAGACGUUCCGCUUGAAGGCAAAUCUGCUUCAAUGCAUCAAAGGAACAUUCAUAAUUAUGUGGCGGCAAACUCCAAGCGAGUGACAUCUCAGGGGAACCUCAAUUGCGGUUAUCAUUUCAAACCGCCCACGCAUUCAACGAACUGUCAAGAAAAGUCUACACGAUUUGAAUAUGAAAAGGCUGGCCAUCAAGAAAGCGCCAAGCCAUUUAAUUAUGCAGAAUCACGCACCGGAAAGUUCUCGCGCGAGAAACGUGAAAUCGCGCCAACUGCGGGUAACAUUGGCUUAGACAAUGUCAAGAUCGUGGAAGUUCACUCGAUCGGUCAAAAAAUGGAUAUUGUUUAUCCUAACAAAAGUGGCACAGUUCCAACUGCUCCAGUGCAUCAUCGAAGCGAAGAAUAUCGCUGUAACGUGUCCUCUGCUAAUACUGUUCCAGCUUCUGAUCCACCAGCACGUAACGUUCAGAGAAAAGAACCCACACCAGCACAAACUUCUGCGCCCUCUGCCACACCUGUUGUUCACUACCUACCCGUGUAUGCUAUCCCGAGUUCCCAAGGAGUACAGUAUCAAGCUGUUCCUGGAGCUGCAAUUCUUGAAAAGGUUCCAGGUGUUAACAAUUUGUAUUCUCCAGUGGGAAAGAAUGGAGAGGCCAAACCGCAGCCAGCAUAUCCACAGCCAGCCCCUCCAGCAGCCAAACCACAACCACCACCACAGUCACAAGCACCACCAGUUGCGCCCCCACAACUGCAAGUACAAGGAGGCCCUACUCACACCCAGCAUCACAUGCCUCACCCGCAACCUCAGGGUCCUGUUAUCUACCAACCAAGAAUGAUGUCAAAUCCCACUGCUGCCCACCCUGUGCAACCCACGUUGGUACAACCUGGUUACCCGCCACAGUUAAACAAUCCUCCUAUGAUUGCUGCACCAUAUCCUCCACCUGAUACAAGGGUCAUCCCCACUCAAACCUAUCCACCACAAGCAGUUGCACAAGCAAUGCCAUCUCCACCAUAUGUUGUCACAAAGUCAGAACCAGUUUCACCCCAACAAUUGUCAGCUCCUAAUCAUUCAGUAGCUACCACUCAGUCAUAUCCUGUCUCUGUGCAAACAGUGGCACCUCAUCAACCUCAGCACUACCCACCACAAACUCAAACAGUUCCAGGACAGCAGCUUUACCCUUCACAAGAACAGAAGUUUACACAACCACCAAUGUACCCACCUCAAUAUCAAUCAGCACCAAAUCAGACCCACUAUCCUGUUCAUGUUGUGGCACAUGAGGCACUUCCUUAUCCACCAGUCACACAGCAGGUGGCUGUCAGUCAGCCCACACCACCACCACCACCACCACCACCACAGGCAGCUGCAGGACCAGUUAUUUCCACUGGACACCCAUAUCCAGCAGAGAGACCAGCCCAGCCAUAUUACCCACCUCAAAAUGCAGUACAAUACCCACCUGAGAAGUCAUCUUCAAUGGCUAUUCAUUACUAUCCAGUUAAUAAACCUCCAAGUGAGCAAUCAGUUGUGCAGCAGUAUCCAGAUCAGAAAGCAGUGCAUUUGCCUUCACCUCCAUACCCAGUGGAGAGUGUAAGCCAACCUCCUACUCCACAGUACACCCCUGAUGGAAAAGAGCAGCAAAAAUUUCUUUAUGCACCCCCACCUCCAGACUUCAUGCUCAGUCCAGUGUACAGAGUUCCAGUUACUGAGGCACCUCAAAUGGUCCAGCAAAGUCCGCAUUCUACUCACCCUCCGAGCCAGCACUCGACAGAGCCUCUAAGCCAGCCUCCGAGCCAGCCACUCAAAGGAGCCAAACGGAGGAAAACUGCAAUGCCUCAUCGUGAAAUCAGGGACAGUUCAUCACCAUCAGAGAGCUACCCACAGCACAGUUCAAGCCCUGGCUCAGACCUACACUGUAAUGAAAAAUUGUCAAAGUCCCCUGGUCAUAACCCUGCCUUGAACAAAUCCAGCUGUGUAAUCACUCCUCCUGGUUCACCCCAUGAAGAAGAAGAUGGUUCAUACACUGUUGUUAUGAGAGAUUAUGGCAUCCAGGCUGGACCACCAACUGAACAAGGCACAUGGACUGUCAAAGUAGAGUCCACUGCUCCACGCGUGUACAUUACUGAGAAGGAAGCUCUGGCACAUGCUUACAGUGAAAGCAUUUCAGAAGAGGAGGAUGAAUACGAGGAGGAGGAGGAGGGAGACUACAAUGAACUUGAUGACACAGAUGAAACCUACAGCCCAACUCAAAAAGAAAACCGCUCUCCAAGUGGUUUCCAAGGGGAUGGUGGGAGUGAAAACCAUCUAUCAAGGAAAGGAAGGAGAAGGAAUGCAAAAUACACCUGCAAAUUCUGCCACAAAGGAUUCCAGUGGUACUCUCACUUGACAUCUCAUGAGCGCACCCAUACUGGUGAAAAACCAUUCAAGUGUCCCGAGUGUAACAGAGCAUUCACACGUGCAGAUGGACUGCAAUGUCACAUGCUUGUACACAACAAAAAGAGGCCCUUCAAGUGUGAUUACUGCAAUAAAGGAUUCAAUGACAAUACAAGCCUGGAAAAACACACGUACAGUCAUACUGGUGUGAAGCCUUUCAAAUGCGAAUAUUGUGGACGGGCCUUCAGUGACUCUCAGUCAAUUGAGAAACAUUUACUGGUUCACAUCGGUACAAAGCCUUAUAAAUGCCAGUUUUGCGUGCGAUCAUUUAAUGACUCUCAAAUGUUGGUCAGGCACAUCCGUAGCCACACUGGCGAGAAACCUUUUAAGUGUCAGCACUGCCAAAUGGCAUUCAGCAAACAGAGUGCCCUUGUCAUUCAUACAAGAGUCCAUACUGGAGAAAAGCCUUACCAGUGCCCUCAUUGUUCAAAGUGCUUCUCAAUCUCUGGUAACCUGCAGCGUCACAUUCUCAUCCACACUGGCGAGAGACCUUACCAGUGUUCUAAAUGCCCGAAGGCCUUCAACAACCCAAGCCACUUGUCACGCCAUAUUAGCAAACUUCAUGCCCCACAACCAAAACCUGAGGGAGUAGUAGAUAACCGACCAGGCUAUAGUGCCCAAGGAAACAACACAAAUAAACCUGUCCUUGCAUAAGCUGUUCUUUUAAAAUGAACCCUGUGGCAUUGAACUUUUUGCAAGAGUUUGAAUAGACUUUUUUUAGAACUAUAUUUUGUACUUCGGAACCUUUAUUUAACUUCCUGUGAGCUUUUCUUUCUCAUCACUUUGAACAUGAAUGUCUUGCUAUGCAAGACCAAAGUUAGUGCUAUCACUGACCAAUAAGAUAUAAUUUCUUCCAGGUUUCACUCAAAUGAUUGUGCUAUAUUCAGUUCCGUAGUUGUUUGGUAUAAGGCUGUCAAAGUGGCCAAUACGAUAAACGUGAACAAGUUAAAAUUAAUGUGUACAAUGAAGAAAUUGCAUUUAUGGACCACUUUUCAUAAAAUUUUUUGUAUUAUUUUCAAAGAGGAAGACCAUUUAGGUAUAGAUAUAUUCCUUACGUUUCUAAAAAGGAUGAUAAUGACACAGGAAAAUAUUUUUAUAAAUACUAAGUUAUUAAAAGUAUUAUAUUGUUUUAUACCAUGAAUAUAUUUAUUUUGACUAGAAUUUUCUAGAGGUAUGAAAUAACCAUUGAUGUUUAGUCACACAGCGUGUUUUUGUCACAUGUGACCUGUAUUUAGGCAAAACAAAAAAUGUUGUCUUUGUAAAUAAAGUGUUUGAUCGUGAA